AUGCCGGUCAGCUUGGAGCGGCUGAUCGCAGAGGCUGAGCCCUCGGUGAUCACUGAGGAGCUUACGCGCGAGUGUAUACAGGUCAACGGGAGCGAUGCUGACCUGGCAGACGACAAGCGGCGGCAGCUGCCGUUCUCAGAGGUCGAGGCUCUGGCCUUCAGCUUCAAGAACCUGGCCCGCAUUGCCAACCUGCGCGGCUUGGACAGCCUGACCAAGCUGCAGCUGGACAACAACCGCAUCGAGCGCAUCGAGAACAUCAGCCACAUGGUCCGCCUGACAUGGCUUGAUCUGAGCUUCAAUCAGAUUACCCAAAUAGAAGGCUUGGACACCCUCACAGCCCUGCAGGAUCUCAGCCUCUUCAACAACCGCAUCACAUCAAUCUCGGGGCUGGACUCCAUGGCGGCGCUCAACGUGCUGUCCAUUGGCAACAACGCCAUUGCCAAGCUGGACUCCGUCGGCUAUCUGCGGCGUUUCAACCGGCUGCAGGCAGUCAACUUGGCCGGCAACCCUGUGGCGCGAAACCCCAACUACAGGCAGGCAGGCUGGGGCGCCAAGGAGGCCCACCAGGACGAGCUGCUGGAGAUCCAGGAGCGCGAGGAUGCUGCGGCGCACGAGGCGGCGGCAGCAGCCGAGGCUGGGGCGCAUGCGGCGCUGAUGGACGAGGCCAACCUGACCGGCAUUGAGCCCCUGGUGGAUGACGUGGCAGCGUCCGACCCCGAGUGGCCCAAGCUGUCCGCCAUCCCGGGCCUCACGGAGCCCUGGAGCGACGUCAGGGACAAGUGGCGGCUGGCAACCGAGGAGUUCAAGCUGAUGAUCUUGGAGAGCCACGGCCGCAAGAAGGCUGAGUCAGCAGAGUUCAGGGCGGCGCUGCAGGCUGCUUUGGACGAGCGCGACGGCGAGGCCCGCCGGCUGAUCACAGAAUACGAGAGGGCCCGGAAGCAGGUGGCGGCAUCAGCAGCAGCAGGCGCCUCAGACGCCGAGGAGCGGGUGCUGGGCGCCAAGGUGCGGCUGAUGUCGCUGCAGGAGGCGCUGCUGGAGCUGGAGCUGGACGCAGUGGACGCGGCGGGGCAGCUGUGCCAGGAGUUUGACCGCACGUUCAGUGAGAUCGCUGAGGCCAACAAGCUGCAGUACAACUCCUUCUUCACCCAGAUCCGUGACCUGGAGGGUGCCUUCACCAACGGCCUCGCGGCGGCGGCGCCGUCGUUCUUGGAGCGCUACGGCGCAUCCAGCGACAGCCCGGAGCUGGACGCCCUGCCAGAGGAGGCCCAGGUGCUUCUGGGGGACAAGGACGCCUUGCUGAACGCAAUACAGGCGUCCCACGACGCCAGGGUGGCCAGGAUCGACGGGCUGGAGGACAAGCUGGUGGCGACUGAGCUGCGGCGAGCAAAUGAGGCCGCAGAACGCAACAGCGAGUGGGAGGCCAAACGCCACAGGGACCGCAUGGCCGAGAUCCUGGGGUACCUGGAGCGCAACGUUCAGGUGAGCCGCUGCGUGGUCUAG